AUGCAGUCCACCAGCGUUCGCGCCUUCAAGGCCCUCACGUCCAAGAUCCACCCGCAGCUCCCUCUGAACGCACGAGAGUCGCAGCAGCUGCUUGGACUGCUCACCACCUCCUUCAGGCAGCACCUCGAUCGAGAGUAUCCAGCGACUCAGCUCCGAGACAACCAAAAUGCGGUACGUGAUGGGCGUGGCCAGCCCAUUACACCAUCCGACGCCAUUGCUCACCGCUCAUCACACUCGACCGCGAACCAUCACCUCGAAUCCAUCCUCACAAACCCCAUGUUCGCUACAAAGCCCAUGAGACGCUCAGGAUCAACUUCUCGAGCUGAGCCCGCCCAUACUCAUAACAUGAGACUACGUCACGUGAUCGGCGAUCCACUCCAGUGGUUUGAAGAGAAAGUAGCCGGCGGUACAGCAAGCAUUGUCAGCGCGACGUUGUGUCUAGAGUCACUCCGUGCACCUGCGUACCGGGAUUUGAACGCAGGCACCAGAGUCCUGGCCUUGCUCAAAUCGGUUGGCCUCCACAAAUCGGAGGCAUUCUAUAAACAUCAGCCGUUUCUGCAGGCAUUGGCCUUUGUCCUCGUUGCGGAUGGACAACAACAACUCUUGUGGAGUAUGCUGAACGUGGAUCCGACGAGCGUUCUCGAAACCACACUGCUGGAUCGUCAAGAUGUUUCACGGUGGAAAGCCUACCUCUUGAAACACUUUGUCCGAGCUGAGCUCAACCAUCCGCAAGGGCAAGACCAUGCUAUCGCCCUCAUCCUGGCUGCGUCUUCAUCUGGCAGCUUCUCAGUACGCGAGGUGAAUUUAGCCGUGAAUGUCUUUACAAAGCACAUAUAUUCUUAUCCAUUCGCCGGAUCUGUUAAGGAUUUCGAUACGCUCCUCAGCUUGGCGAAGCAAUGGUCAACAGAACUCAAUAAUUUGAACCACGCUAGACUUGCAUUGCGCCACCCGCACCAGCCUUCUCCUCAGCCGGCAUUGGAUUAUCUGCAGAAGAUUCACCUAUCGCCAGAGGCUGUGCGAGAGAUGCAGAAGACACGGCGUCAGUCGCUGGUCCAACUCUCCCUUGACGCUGCCCGACUUCUCCUCGCGCAGGGCAGGGUCGAGGAUGGAGCCUGGGUGCUUGAGUUUGCGCAGAAUAACUUCUCGGAAGAACUGGACUUGAGCAGUGAGACGCGAAAUGUGACUACCUCAAGCGACAAGGGGCGAGAAAACGAGCUCAACAAUCUGCGUUUGCUGGACGGACUGGCCCUUGAUUGA